UCUGUUGUUUGCUCUUUGCUUGGUAGGACUUGGAACAGAAACACUUCCUUCUCAGCUAGAAUAUUUUUGUCAGGACCCAUUGCCGGUUCAAGAUGAGCCAACCCCCGAACGUCUGAGUUUCCUUGUCUCUCCGAGCUUAGACUGUGUAUAUCCACAAAGUUCCGUCCAGCAAGGGCUUGCAGGUGCAUUCGUUCUUUCUGUUUUUGUUUGUGAGGAAGAGGGCAGCCACAGCGCCAGUGACGGACAGGAUCCAGAGUCUCACAAGUACAUGCUUUUCUGUCCAGACAGUGUUUUUGUAAGAGGACAAAGCUGCUUAGUCCCAGCCAUGAGGAAACCCAGUCUCAUAGGGCAUGGAGCUGGAAAACUAUGAACAACCGGUGGUACUAAGAGAGGACAACCUCCGCCGGCGACGGAGGAUGAAGCCUCGCAGCGCAGCAGGCAGCCUGUCUUCCAUGGAGCUCAUCCCCAUUGAGUUUGUACUGCCCACCAGCCAGCGCAUCAGCAAGACUCCAGAAACAGCACUGCUGCAUGUGGCUGGUCAUGGCAAUGUGGAGCAAAUGAAAGCUCAGGUGUGGCUACGUGCACUGGAGACCAGUGUGGCUGCGGAAUUCUACCACCGAUUGGGCCCGGACCAAUUCCUCCUGCUCUACCAGAAGAAGGGACAAUGGUAUGAGAUCUACGACAGGUACCAGGUAGUGCAGACUCUGGACUGCCUGCGUUACUGGAAGAUGAUGCAUAAGAGCCCUGGUCAGAUCCACGUGGUACAGCGACACGUCCCUUCUGAGGAGACCCUGGCUUUCCAGAAGCAGCUCACCUCCCUGAUUGGCUAUGACGUCACUGACAUCAGCAAUGUGCACGAUGAUGAGCUAGAAUUCACUCGCCGCCGUCUGGUUACGCCCCGCAUGGCUGAGGUGGCUAGCCGGGAUGCCAAACUCUAUGCCAUGCACCCUUGGGUGACGUCCAAACCUCUCCCAGACUACCUGUCAAGAAAGAUUGCCAACAACUGCAUCUUCAUCGUCAUCCACCGUGGUACCACCAGUCAAACCAUCAAGGUCUCUGCAGAUGAUACUCCUAGCACCAUCCUCCAGAGCUUCUUCACCAAGAUGGCCAAGAAGAAGUCCCUAAUGAACAUCCCAGAAAGUCAAAGCGAGCAGGACUUUGUGUUGCGGGUCUGUGGCCGAGAUGAGUACCUGGUGGGUGAAACACCCCUCAAAAAUUUCCAGUGGGUGAGGCAGUGCCUCAAGAACGGAGAUGAAAUACACCUGGUGCUCGACACACCUCCAGACCCAGCCCUUGAUGAGGUGAGGAAUGAAGAAUGGCCUCUGGUGGAUGACUGCACUGGAGUCACCGGCUACCACGAGCAGCUGACCAUCCAUGGCAAGGACCACGAGAGUGUGUUCACGGUGUCUUUGUGGGACUGUGACCGAAAGUUCAGGGUCAAGAUCAGAGGCAUUGAUAUCCCUGUCCUGCCUCGGAACACCGACCUCACUGUUUUUGUGGAAGCAAACAUCCAGCACGGGCAACAAGUCCUCUGCCAGAGGAGAACCAGCCCUAAGCCCUUCACAGAAGAGGUCCUCUGGAAUGUGUGGCUGGAGUUUGGCAUCAAAAUCAAAGACUUGCCCAAAGGGGCCCUAUUGAACCUACAGAUCUACUGCUGCAAAACCCCAUCACUGUCCAGCAAGGCUUCUGCAGAGACGCCAGGCUCCGAGUCCAAGGGCAAAGCCCAGCUUCUCUAUUAUGUGAACUUGCUGUUAAUAGACCACCGUUUCCUCCUCCGCCACGGGGACUAUGUGCUCCACAUGUGGCAGAUAUCUGGGAAGGCAGAGGAGCAGGGCAGCUUCAAUGCUGACAAGCUCACAUCCGCAACCAAUCCUGACAAGGAGAACUCAAUGUCCAUUUCCAUCCUGCUGGACAACUACUGUCACCCCAUAGCCUUGCCUAAGCACCGGCCCACCCCUGACCCAGAGGGAGACAGGGUUCGAGCUGAAAUGCCCAAUCAGCUUCGAAAGCAGUUGGAGGCCAUCAUAGCCACAGAUCCACUGAACCCCCUCACAGCAGAGGACAAAGAAUUGCUCUGGCAUUUUCGAUAUGAAAGCCUGAAGCAUCCAAAGGCGUAUCCUAAGUUAUUCAGCUCAGUGAAAUGGGGACAGCAAGAAAUUGUUGCCAAAACAUACCAGCUGUUAGCCAGAAGGGAGAUCUGGGAUCAAAGUGCUUUGGACGUUGGCUUAACCAUGCAACUCCUGGACUGCAACUUUUCAGACGAGAACGUUCGGGCCAUUGCAGUUCAGAAACUGGAGAGCUUGGAGGACGAUGACGUGUUGCAUUACCUUCUCCAGCUGGUGCAGGCUGUGAAAUUUGAACCAUACCACGACAGUGCGCUGGCCAGAUUCCUGCUGAAGCGUGGCUUGAGAAACAAAAGAAUCGGUCACUUCUUGUUCUGGUUCCUGCGAAGUGAGAUAGCCCAGUCCAGACACUAUCAGCAGAGGUUCGCUGUGAUCCUGGAGGCAUACCUGCGGGGCUGUGGUACAGCCAUGUUGCAGGACUUCACACAGCAGGUCCACGUGAUUGAGAUGUUACAGAAAGUCACCAUUGAUAUUAAAUCGCUCUCGGCUGAGAAGUAUGACGUCAGUUCCCAAGUUAUUUCACAGCUUAAGCAAAAGCUUGAAAGCCUGCAGAAUUCCAAUCUCCCCGAGAGCUUUAGAGUUCCCUAUGAUCCUGGACUGAAAGCUGGUACACUAGUGAUCGAAAAAUGUAAAGUGAUGGCCUCCAAGAAGAAGCCCUUGUGGCUUGAGUUCAAGUGUGCUGAUCCUACAGUCCUAUCCAAUGAAACCAUUGGAAUCAUCUUUAAACAUGGUGAUGAUCUACGCCAAGACAUGUUGAUCUUGCAGAUUCUACGUAUCAUGGAGUCCAUCUGGGAGACUGAAUCUCUGGACCUGUGCCUUCUGCCUUAUGGUUGCAUCUCCACUGGUGACAAAAUAGGAAUGAUUGAGAUUGUGAAGGAUGCCACAACGAUCGCUCAAAUUCAGCAAAGCACAGUGGGUAACACGGGGGCAUUCAAAGACGAAGUCCUGAAUCACUGGCUCAAGGAAAAAUGCCCUAUUGAAGAAAAGUUUCAGGCUGCGGUGGAAAGGUUCGUUUACUCCUGUGCAGGCUACUGUGUGGCCACAUUUGUUCUUGGGAUAGGUGACAGGCACAACGACAACAUUAUGAUCUCAGAGACAGGAAACCUCUUUCAUAUAGACUUUGGACACAUUCUUGGGAAUUACAAGAGUUUCCUGGGCAUCAAUAAAGAGAGAGUGCCAUUUGUCCUGACCCCAGACUUCUUGUUUGUGAUGGGAUCUUCUGGCAAGAAGACAAGUCCACACUUCCAGAAAUUCCAGGAUGUCUGCGUUAGGGCUUAUCUAGCUCUUCGACAUCACACAAACCUGCUGAUCAUCUUGUUCUCCAUGAUGCUGAUGACAGGAAUGCCCCAGUUGACAAGCAAGGAGGACAUUGAAUAUAUCCGGGAUGCCCUCACGGUGGGGAGAAGCGAGGAGGAUGCUAAGAAGUAUUUCCUUGAUCAGAUUGAAGUCUGCAGAGACAAAGGGUGGACUGUACAAUUCAACUGGUUCCUACAUCUUGUUCUUGGCAUCAAACAAGGAGAGAAACACUCCGCUUGAUAUUUGGUGCUAGGGCCCAAAGCAAUUUAGUGUUCUAAAGCUUUAAAACCAGGGUGUCAGUCAUCAGAAUUAGAUUUAAAAUGCAAUAGGACUGUCUGAAUACUGCGCUUCAGAAAUUCAGCUCUUUCCCCAGCUGAACUCUUCCUCAGAGGGGAGAAAAAUGUUGGCAUUACUGAUGGUUUGCUUAAUAUUCAGUGUGAGGUUUCUCUGCUGCUUUUUCCCCGUCCCAGUCUCCAUGAUGUGGAAGAAUAUUCUAAGUUUAAAUAGCUUAGAACAUUCUUGCUUAUUAUGCCUGAUGAUCUUGUAUUGAGUCUCUCUGAAAGUUCAUUAGAAUAAUUGACAAUACCUGUUGUCACGUGUAUUCACCAUGUAUUUUUGCCUCUCCUUGUGUUCUAUAAGCUCUUGGCAGAAAAGGGUACAAGCAUUGCUAAGCUCUGCUGCAUUCUUUAAAGGAUGUUUCCAAGCAUCUCCUUUGUGCCCACAGAUGUUGGUGAUGUGCUAGAAGCAAGGAGUGCAAGUUAGCUUUUAGAGUACCAGAGUACCGUCAACAGUUUGUCUCCCACGGUAUAUCACGGAGAUGCCCAGACACUGAACACAAACUCUGAGCCUGAGCCAUGACCACUCUCACCAGCUGCUGUGGCUCUAGGGUCAUGCAUAUGAAAAGUGGAGGUGACACCUUUUACCAAGAGUGAAUAACCUAACACAACCAGUGUCAUCUUCUCCAGCACAGAGACAGGAAGUCGUUCACUGGACCCUUGGAUGCCUACAAAUGUCAUCUUUCCCUCUUGCUCUGCCCUCCUUACCUCUGCCACACCACCUCCUGUACUUCUUCCUAGACUUGUGGAAUCUUCAAAGACAGCUCAAAAUGACUUGAAAAAGAAAGUCUUCUCUAGGCCCAGGACAAUUAUAGGUACUUAUUUGCGGAGCCGCUCCAUGGGUUUUUAAAAAGAAUAUUAUUAAAAGAAGAGUUCCAGAAAAUAUUAGUUUCUAAAUGCUUUAAUUUUACAUUUUAAAUCUGAGAAGUUUUCUUUAUUUUUUAAUAGAAGAUACCUGCUAUCAAAUGUAUUCUAAGCUUAUAACAAUACUUAUUUACAUAUUCAUUUUUCAGUUUAAAGGACUUUUAAAUUUUGAAGCAUCCCAGGUUUCAUAAAGACAAAUUGAACCAAUUUCCUUUGAAGUACUUUUUCAUUUCUUAAAUAUUACGCUGUUUGUCAUCAGUAUUGAUCCACCUUUGAGAGGGAUCAGUAAAUUAUUAAAGCAAAUAUCUUUGUUCAAAUAUCUUUAGAUAUCAUCAGUUCCAUAGAAAGAGCUAUGUCAAAGAUGUCCAUACUUAGAUAUAAUCAGAUAUAACUCUUCUUGAUUUUUAAAUUGUCAAAAUAGACACUUUAAUGAGAUGGAGCCCAACCUUCCCUUUGUGUCUACAGAAGCCAAGUAGCACCUAAUUCUGCUAUGAGUAAGACCCAUCGGGGACACUUUUGACAUAGCCUUGUGUUCUAAAAUCACUCCACUUUCAGAUUAUAAUUUCAUUAGUGUUAGAUGAACCUGGGCAUAAUUCUAAGAACUCUGGCUGAGUCUAAUCUACACGCAGGGGAAGGAGUCUUAUUUGGUCCAUGGUGGUUUAGGUACCCCUGCCUCCUUGCUCACUGGACCUUCCCUGGCUCAUAGCUAUUUACAAAAAGUCUCCUCGUCCCUGGGCAAGUAACUAUCCUAAAACCAUGCUGUCUCCCGUAUAGGCCAUGGUCUGUGCUGAAAUUGUGUUUCUCUCUAUGAAUGUAAGUUAGAUAUUUUAUGGCAUUUCUGGAGCGUAAUUCCCGCUAAUCUAAGAACAGGAAGAGUAGUAACGCCUUCUAACUCCAAAUGGGAAGCAUGCUUAAGCUUCUAAAGAACCAUGCACAGACUUUGCCUUUCAUUUGAAUUGCUGAAAUGAUGAUCUUGAUGAUAAAACAAUUACGGAGUAUAUAUGUAUUUAGCUUCCGACACCACAUGCAUACAUAUUAGUUCUUUAAAUGAGCCAGCCUUUUCAUAAAGCUGAACUACAUGAUGCUGUAUACUGGGUUUCAUUCUCCCAUUUUCUAAAGAAUGCAAUUUCAACUCCAAAGACUUGCAUAUAAGCAAAAAUCGCUUUCACAUGCUUGCUACCUCGCCAUUCCUGUGAGUGAUGUUGUCCAGUGAUUUCUACACUUUGGAAAAUAUUCUAGACCUAGGGUCCUCCUAGGAAAACACCAAUAUCUCUACCUUCAGUACUGAGUGAAGAAAACAGAGAUCACAGGUCAGAUGGGUCAGGUCAAAGCAACCUAUGUGUGUAUCUAAGACUGGCAAAAAAAAGACACAAAGCAUCCAUUGUAGACUUGGUCCAAUAUGACUCUACUGGUUUUGGUGGUGCUCUGAAAAAUGCAGAAAGACAUUAAGAAUAAAAUAUAUCAACCAGAAAGAAAGCUCUUGACUUGCAAAUAAAUUAAGUAUAGUAUGUA